UAAAAAAUUAAAAACGUAACUGGAUUUUGCAGUGCACUUUUUAUCGUUCCUACAGAAGGUGCGAAAAUAAACAAAGUUGGGAAAGAGGUUUGAGAACUUCCUGAUAGGUAAUAAUUGAAGUGAACUGUAUUGAUUGAAAUGGACAAUAGAGGGACAAUAGAUACCUGACGAUAAUUGGUGAUUUAAACUGUGUCACUGAGUGGACCAAAAAACAAUUACAAGAAUGAUUCUAUUUGUGUUACAAUGCGGACAUGACAAAAUUAGAUUUCCAUCAUAUCAGUGUUUGGCUCUUGGACAGAUGGUGACAGGCAUUGUUGUGUUAUUUUUUGCUAGGCAACUAAGUAUUGUAGAUUUCCCAGGUUUCAGUACAGACAUAUUUAGAAAGAUAUGGCCUUUGCCUUUAUUUUUCCUUGGAAAUCUGGUGCUGGGUUUAGGUGGAACCCAAAAGUUAAACUUACCUAUGUUCAUAAUACUCAGAAGAUUUACCAUACUGUUCACUAUGAUUGCAGAAUAUUAUGUCUUGGGUGUAAAAGCAUCAAGAACAAUUCAGAUGACUGUAUUCUUAAUGAUCUUUGGUGCACUGGUGGCAGCUAGUAAUGACCUAGCUUUUGACCUUGUUGGAUAUGUGUUUAUAAUAUUAAAUGAUUUAUGCACAUCUGCUAAUGGUGUCUAUACAAAACAGAAAUUAGAAGCUAAGGAUUUAGGAAAGUAUGGACUGUUGUUUUACAAUUCAUUGUUUAUGAUUGUUCCAAUCAGCAUAUUAGCUUUCUCUAUGGGAGAAAUAGAUAAGGCAAUGAAGUUUGAGGAUUGGCUGACCUUUGGAUUUUUGACCCAAUUCUUGUUGUCAUGUUUUAUGGGAUUUAUACUGAAUUACUCAAUAGUCUUGUGCACUCAACAUAAUUCUGCUCUAACAACUAACAUUGUGGGAGUCCUUAAGAACUUGUUUGUCACAUAUAUUGGAAUGUUUCUUGGCGGAGAUUAUAAUUUUAGUUGGAUUAAUUUUACUGGCAUUAACAUAAGUGUAUUAGGCAGUCUGAUUUACAGUUAUGUGACUUUUAGAAAGAUAGACAAAUCAAAAGAAAUCAUUGUUGAAAAACCAGAGAUAGAACAGAAAUCACCAGCUACUGUAUAACAUAAAAAGUGGGAUUCAAAGGUCAAUGUAUGAGAUACAAAUAACUGUUAUAUGCAAUAAAUCCUAUGCAUAAAGAAGGCUAUAAUGACUGUGUAUUAUAAUGUGGGAUUAUUUUUUAAAGAAGUUAAGAUGCUUCUUAGUGUAUAGUUUAAAGGCCAAGGGUUAAAAAUCAUGUUUGUGAAGAUAAUUUAUUGUUAAAUUUACAAGGUAAUUCAUUUUUAAAUGAAGUUGUGACGAUAUUGCAAAAAAAAAAUAUAUGCUAUGCUUUAUACUUUUAAGACUUUUAUUCGUUUUGUUUUUGUUGAAAUAAUGUGCAGUUUAUUUAUGAAAACAUGCACAAGUAUUGUUAAGAUUUUGACAGUUUUCUAUAAUUUUGUUUUUGUUUUUGUUAUGCAACAUUUGAUUUUUAUAUUCACCAGAGAAAAAUGAGUGUAUGGUCUUAUUUGUAACAGUGUAAACAGUCAAAUAUUCUUAGCCUGCCAAAAUUCAAAAGCAUUAAAUGAUAUGCAAUGUCAGCCCCAGAAUUUGAAGGUGCACAGCAUAAUAAUUAGCAAACUGUUUUGUAUACAGAAUGAUUAUCUCCUGGAAUACAUAUCCAUUAUUGUCAGUGGGCAUGUGCAAUAGACAGAAAAGUUUAUUUUCAUUUUUGCAUAGCUAUUGAAUUUUGUAUUUGGACACAUUUAUUUAAUUUAAUUUUUAUGUAAAAGUAAAUUUGGCAUGAGAUUAUCAAUUGAGAUUUAUUUCAUUUGUACAAUGUUUGAUUAACUUAUAUUUUACUUGAGCUAUGUCAUUUUAGCUUUGAGCAAAAACAUGUCAUAUCACUGACAGAAUCGCACAAGUACCACCGAGAACAAUUGAUUUACAAAAUAGGGACUGUAUCAGUAUUUCAGUCAACUUUGAAACACUUGACCUUUUGUUAUAUGAGGGAAGAGUUAAAUAUUUUCACUUUUAAGGGGAAAAUGUAAGCUAUAAUUUGACUGUGUAUUGUUAAAGCAUUCUCCAUAAUUAUUUUGUUGUUGUUGCUAUUUCAGUGAAAAAAUAUACCUACUGUUUAGAUUUAUUCCUCACCAAUUUUUCUCAAAUACAACCCAGGAGCUUAUGCAAUGUAUAUUAGUUUGUUUUGAAAGUGUUCUACAAUCCAUGUAGGACUUGGAAGUUUUGAAGGUGGGUCCAAGUUAAUGAAAAACUGCCUUAAUAUUGAAUCUCAAUGUGUUUUUUCCUGUAACAUAUUUUUCACGAAUUGUAUUUUAGUAAUUUUAGUUUGUUCAGUAUUCUUCAAAUCUGUGAAACAUAGAUAGGGAUAUUAGAAAUCCAGUGUGUUCUCAAUUAGCAUUAAUUUAACAAUCAUGUUGAUAUAUAUACAUAUAUUGAUAACAAAUAUUUUAGUAUACUAUUUUUUAAUUUUUUGUUAUGCUGUUAAUUAUUUAUUUUUAUAUAAUAAAUUUUGUGGGAACUCAGAA